AUGGUGGAAAUAUCACCCGGCGCGAGCGUCGCUCUGGGCGUCAUCGUCGGCCUCGCCUCGACCAGCAUCCAGAGCGUCGGCCUGACGCUGCAGCGCAAGUCGCACCUCCUCGAAGAAGAAAAGGACAUUGACGACGAGAGACGGCCUCCGUACAAGCGGCGCAGAUGGCAGCUGGGCAUGCUCAUGUUCGUCGUGGCCAACAUUGUCGGCAGCACCAUCCAGAUCACCACCCUCCCCCUCCCCGUCCUCUCCACCCUGCAGGCCUCGGGCCUCGUCUUCAACUCGAUAUGCGCCUCCAUCAUCCUCAGCGAGCCCUUUACCCGCUACUCGCUCGUCGGCACCCUGCUUGUCGCCGUCGGCGCAUUGCUCAUAGCCCUCUUCGGCGCCAUUGCCGAGCCCUCGCACAACCUUGAUCAGCUGCUUGUUUUGCUGGGACGAAGGAACUUUCUGCUGUGGAUGAGCACAACGGGCGUCGUGGUUGUUUUGUUGGUCGUCGCCACUUGGGUCCUCAAGCGCAUGUCCCCCCGCACCACGCCCCGGCUACGACUGAUACGAGGAAUGUUCUUUGGAUGUGUCAGUGGCAUACUCUCUGCGCACUCGCUGCUCAUUGCGAAAAGCGCUGUUGAACUCCUAGUACGGACAAUUGUGGACCGUCACAAUGAAUUCAACCGUUGGCAGUCCUGGAUGAUCCUCAUCGGACUGGUUGUGUUUGCCUUGACGCAGCUCUACUACAUGCAUUGUGGCUUGAAGCUGUGCAGUACGAGCGUCCUCUACCCGCUGGUGUUUUGCGUCUACAACAUCAUUGCCAUUAUAGACGGAUUGAUCUACUUCAACCAGAGCGACCGGCUGUCGAGUCUUCAUGCUGGACUCAUCGCACUUGGCACAGUCGUCCUUCUUGCAGGCGUUGUUUGCUUGAGCUGGCGCCUCGAAGACAGCGACGAAGAACCAUUAUCGCCAAUAGCGCACAAGGACCCAGGCAGGGUUCCCUUGCCCAAGACUGUACUCCUGCCUGGCCUCGGCUUGCCGCAUACCCAUAGCACAGACGAGCCUACAUCGCCAUUGCCUACCGACGAGGAAGCUGGAGGCGAAAAUGGCUACUUCUCUGCCAACCACAAGCCCGCCGACGAAAGAACACCACUACUAGCUCGACCACCGGCUGGUCCUGCUCGAACCCUCACUAACCCUAAGACGCGACUAUCACUAGAUACCAAGGCGCUCAAGAGCCCUCAGACGACUACAUAUACACGCAAAACAUCGCGAAGACGACGCUUAACUACUUCCGAGGAAACACACGAGAUCUGGGAUGAGUUGAACGAUCGGGAGACUCUACCCUCGCCCGCUAUUCGAUCGGUCGAUCUCGAACGACGACCCAGAUCCGGCACCUUGCCCCCGCGCAGAAACACCGCACAAUCUGCCUGGCUCAACCACAUGCGCCGACGAUCCUGGUUCGAAGGUCUUGGCCGCCAAUCCACAAGCAUAUCGCAAGGGAAAAGACCGGCCGACUCUUCUACCUCGCCAUUACUCGGCCAUCCUGCUUCAGACAAUGGAGACGCAUCUGACGCCGAUGAAUUCGACGCAUCCAAACGACGAACAUGGUGCUAUGGCUCAGAAAACAAAAGCCAAGAAGCCCUGAGCGACUGGUUUAAAUUGAAAUGGCUGCGCACGCGAUGGCGAGAAGACGAGGGAGACGGUGAUGGUGAACAAGGACAUGGACCAUGAUGUUCUUUUUUUUUCUUUCUUUUUCUUUUGUAGCAAUAUAACGAAAUCGAAUAUUCCAAGCAUAUCUCAAUUGGGUAGGAUCUUAAUCAUCAGGCGGGCCUUUUCUUCUUUGUUCCUUU